UUUUUUUCUUUCCAUGGAUGGAAUCUGCUUACAUAUCUGAGGAAGCCAAGAAGGACGACAACUGAAUGUUUUGAUGUGUGAACUUGGAAAUGUGUCCGUUUUGAAACAUUGAGUCAUAUUUGAAGGAAUACAACGACGUAACCAUUGAAACCCAUUGAAGUGGAAUGUGUGCUGGCGUAGUUGGUCCUCUGUGUGUUUUUGGAGCUCGUUCAGGAGAAGAGAAGCUAACAUGGACAUGGAAGACUUCCCUCCCCCUCCUCCUGAAAUGUUUGCCGACAGUGACCCGUUCAACGAUGAAGAUGAAGGAGAAGCCUUUGAGUUUGACGACAGUGGGGAUGAAAUCCCGGCUCCACCUCUCACCACCGAGGAUCAGCAGCAGGAAUGUUCUGUGAGCAGCCACAGUGUUCCGGACACUCCAGCACCUCCAUCGUCAGCAGACCCUCCAGCUGCCCCAAACGCAUCCUCCUCCUCAGCAGCAGCAGCAGCGGCAGCGGCUGAAGGCACAUCUGCUCCUGAGGGAGCUAAUGACAGGGAGAUGGAUUUACCACCACCUCCAUCUCCUCCUCCUGCUCUCGGUUACGACACACACACGGACCCCAGAACGACAGAGCCUCCCCCCCCUCAGGCUUACCCCAGAACCUCCUCCCAGGGUAAAGUCAGCCCCUACUCUGUGAUUGACAUCACUCCCAUACAGCUGCAACACCAUGAACAACAAUACGGACCCUCCUCAUCGUCUUCCUCACCAACGGAGCCAAAGGAGGGUCAGGGUGUCCACGCCGGUUCUCCUGGCGUUACUUCAGGGUACUCUGUGCCCGUGCCUUGUGGCUAUGCGACCCCCUCUGGAGUCCCACUCAUCACACCGACCUACACCACGCCCGUCAUCAUUCGACAUCUCUCCAUGGACGAAGAUGUGACGGUGGUCGGAACCAGCAACACGUCCGCUGACAGUGUUUUCAGUGAAGAGUGUCCACCUAUAACCGAAGAGGAUGCUUUGGCUAAAUGGGCGUCAGAUCCUGCCAACACUGCCUGGAUGGAAAAUCCAGAUGAGGUGAUCUACGAUGACGUACCCAGAGAGAACUCGGACUCCAACACAGGUUUCUAUCCAGAUGAGAUGAUCUACGAUGACGUGGAGCUCGGCGAGGAGGGCGGCUGCAGCAGCUCCCUCGAUGACGGCUGGAGCUCCAGUGAGUUUGAAAGCUACGACGAGGCCAGCGACGGAGAGAGUCGCCCUGAAAACGGCCCUCUCAAUGCUUUCAUGAGAGGAAAAGCACCUCAGAGGAAGAUCCACCUCUCUCAAGAUCUGACACGCUUGAAAGAACGCUAUGAGAAAAAGGUGAAAGAUCUAAUGGCGAGUACAGUGGGAACGGUAGAGCUGCAGCAGCUAAAACAGAAACAGGAGCAGAAGAUGCAGAAGCUGGUGAAGGCAGCUAAAGAGGGGACCAAAGAUGGGCUGGAGAAAACCAAAGCUGCGGUGAAGAAGGGACGUUCUUUUAUCAAAACAAAGUCGUUCUGUCACGAGAGAAAAUCGGCCUGUUUUGAGGAUGAGGAUGAACUUUUUAUUGAGGUGGACUGUUUCAACGUUGAGCCGGUGUUGUGUGCAACACCGGAGGGUCUCACUCAGCAGCAGCUUGUCAGAAGAUGCAUCCUGGGCUCUAUUUUAGAAAGUGAGAAGAACUAUCUGGAAGCGCUAAAGCGGAUAUUGGAGCACUAUGAGAAGCCCCUUUCCCAGAUCGAGCCCCGGCUCCUCAGCGACAGGAAGAUGAAGAUCGUCUUCUAUCGCGUGCGUGAGAUCCUGCAGUGCCACUUCCUGUUCCAGAUCGCACUAGCGAGUCGCGUGGCGGAGUGGGACGGCCAGGAGAUGAUCGGGGAUGUCUUUGUGGCUUCGUUUUCCAAAUCCAUGGUGCUGGACGCCUACAGCGAGUAUGUGAACAACUUCAGCACGGCGAUGGCAGUCGUCAGGAAGACGUGCGCCUCUAAACCUGGAUUCCUGGAGUUUUUGAAGCACCGCCAAGAGACUAGCAGUGAUCGGAUGACUCUGUAUGGCCUGAUGAUGAAACCCAUUCAGAGGUUCCCACAGUUCAUUUUGCUCCUUCAGGACAUGCUGAAGAACACCCCGGUGGGUCAUGCGGACCGUCUGCCGCUGCAGAUGGCGCUCACCGAACUGGAAACGCUGGCUGAGAAGCUCAAUGAAAAAAAGAGAGAGGCUGACCAGCGCUGUGAGAUCCGACACAUCGCAAAGGCCAUGAAUGAGCGCUACCUUAAUAAGCUUCUGCGUAACGGUAGCCGCUAUCUGAUUCGCUCAGACGACAUGGUGGAGACGGUCUACAACGAGCGGGGGGAAAUCAUCAAAACCAAGGAGCGAUGCCUCUUCCUGCUCAACGAUGUGCUGAUGUGCGCCACGCCCAACAUCCGAUGUCAGGAUGGCAGCGGGAGCGGCAGUGGGAAUGCUCCGCCCGACCAGAAGUUCCUCUUGAAGUGGAGCGUGCCUUUGAGCUUCGUGGAAGUGCUAGAGUACGGAUCCGGCGAGGAUGCUGUGGAUAGCAGCCGAUACCCAGCCCCGCACUCUGGGGAGAAGGUGGUGAUCAACGCAAAGCCAAAUAAACUGUACAUGGGGCCCGGUCAGCUGUACCAAGAUCUGCAGAACCUUAUCCAUGAUCUUGGAUUGGUAAACCAGAUCUCCACCAUGAUCAGCAGCUUAAAAGGAAACUAUCAGAACGUGAACCCCGCCGUGGCGCAGGACUGGGUUUCGGGUCUCCAGAGGCUCAUCCUGAAGAAGGAAGAGGAGAUCCGGGCAGCUGACCGGUGCAGGAUCCAACUCCAGCUGCCGGGCAAACAAGACAAGUCGGGCAAACCCACAUACUUCAGUGCCGUGUUCAAUACUCACAGCCCGGCAGUCAAACAGUCAUGGAUCAGUAACUUGCAGAUGGCGAAGUUGGCUCUAGAGGAGGACAACCUGCAGGGCUGGGUCUUCACUGAGGACGACGGUAAUCAAAUCAAAAAGCAGAAACACCCUCUGUUGCUUCGACAAAUGCCCGUGGUGAUGUCAAAACUACAGGAGUUCAAGGUGGAAUGUGCUGUCCACAACCCAGAGCCCCACAUCAAUGUAGAGAGCACGGCCGACUCUCCUGUCAUGGGUCACGGGUGUGUCUGGGUUGCAAGUUGCGCCAACCAGAUGGGUCAAGUCGCCAUAGUGGCCAUGCAAAGCUCCAACCCUAAGGUGACUGAGUGCUUCAACGUGGAAUCCCGGAUCCUCUGCAUGGCCUACGUCCCGACAGAACAACUGGAAGAAAAUGGUGAAAAAGUCCCUGAGAAUAACCAUGCCCCCCCUGCAAGAGCCAGUGAUACCCCGUCUGUUUGUUUAGGCAUGGAGGAGGGCAGCAUCAUUGUGUAUAAGAGCAGCCAGCGGUCCAAAAAGGUGCGUCUGCAGCAUUUCUUCACUCCAGACAAGUCUACCGUCACCAGCCUGGUCUAUACAAAGCACUGUCUGUACGCCGGCCUGGUUAGUGGCUCCGUGGCAAUUUACUCCAGAUCACAAGAUGGGUCGUGGAGCUGUGAUGAGCCUAAGCUGAUAAAGCUGGGAGUUCUGCCGGUCAAGGCGAUGCUGGCCGUGGAGGAUCACCUCUGGGCCUCCUCAGGUGGACAGGUCUUCAUCAUCAGCACCCGCACACACUGUGUGGAGAGGCAGCUGGAGGCCCACCAGGAGGAGGGCAUGGUGGUGUCUCACAUGGUGGUGGCCGGAGUGGGCAUCUGGAUCGCAUUCAGCUCCGGUUCCACGCUGCGCCUCUUCCACACUGAGACCCUGGAGCACCUGCAGGACAUAAACAUCGCCACACCUGUUAAUAAUAUACUGCCUGGGAACCAGAGAGUGUCGGUCAGCAGUCUGCUGGUGUGUCACGGCCUGCUUCUAGUGGGAACAAACUUGGGGGUGACUGUGGCUCUUUCAGUCCCUCGACUACAAGGCAUCCCUAAAGUAACAGGUCGAGGAAUGGCGUCGGUGCAUGCGCACAAUGGUCCUGUGAAGUUCCUCACCAUGGCUGCAGCAGUGUGUAACCGAACAUCGAGCCUACCAACAUCCACCCCUUCCUCUUCGCUCCAGGGGUCACAGAGCACCUUACCGCCAACGGAUGCUGCCUCUCCUCUUCCUCAGGGUCAGGCUGUGUGGUUGGGAGAGGCAGGCUGUACCACCAUGGCCCUGCAGGACUCUCUGUCCUCCUCGUCCUGCGGCUCCCUAGCUCCAUCCCAGGGAUCCUUGGAGCACGGCCCUGAGGACGGGGCCCUUUAUGACCUGCUUCACGACCCUGCUCAUCACCAGAGGGGCCGCCGCUCGAGUAAGGUGGAUGUCAGCUCUCUGCUGGUGGUGUCUGGAGGUCUGAGUCACCGUAGGGUCAACAAAAAGAACAAACAACCUCGCCACGAGGACAACGUGUCCACCAUCAUGAUUUGGCAAAUCCCUUUACUGAACAUGUGACACCAGCACCACGUUGGAUGGAUGUUGUGUUUGUGUGUUUGUACGAAUUUUAUUUUCAUGCAUUUUUUUCCCCAAGUGAACCAAAAUUGCUCACCAAUAGGUCUGUCAACGCUUUAAGUGUUUGGCUUCAAUCCAAACAACCAAAUGUGUGAUUUUCAGACCAUUUUUAAUAUAAUCGUGACGUUUCUGCCUUUAGAAACCAACAAAACCACUAAACCAUCGCUAGCUUUAGCGCUAACAGCGGCUACGGACCCAUCCAAGUCUAUAAUUUACUUUAUACCAUGAAAAACACUGAAAGGUCUCUAAUUUCAUUAUUAUUUGAAUGUUUUGUAGCAAUUGUCUUUAGUCUCUCUAGACACUUGGACUGAUAUGAACUGCAGUAUUUAAAUCAGUGUUGUAAAAAAACAUGGCGGUGCAUUUGAAGGUGAGAAAGGUAAGAGUGGAGUAGAUUAGUUACACCAGGUUUAGCUCAGACGUGUAAACCUGGAGUGUGACAACAGUUUGAGGUGAAAUGCGCUCGAGUUUAAAGGUCAGGAAGAUCCAAUUAUUUUGUAAAUGGAGGAAAGGGAUUAUUAAAAAAAGAAAUCUAAGCAUCCCUGGCUGGCCAGGUUUCUCUUUAUAAGGGAGGAAGUUGCGUAAUCAUCAGUUCUUCUUUAUUUCCCACAUAAGAAUAUUUUUUAAAAGAUUUAUACGUUUGUCACACUUGUAUGUACUGAUGUAUAUUAACAAUUCCAUAAAUCUUGUUUUAUUGAGAA